AACCAAAUGUAAAGCGCCAAGUGCCCCUCCUAAAAAAUGUUCACAUUUCUUUAUCCCCCCACUUUUCCAUUUUCCCUUUUCACUUUCCCUUUUCCCCUUCACUCAUGAAACACCACCAUCGAACACCAAAUCCCAGACAAACCAUUGUUCUCAAUCGAACACCAAACCACCUUGAAAACCCAAUCGAACUCCACCAAACCCAAUCAAAACCCAAUCCUUCUCAAUCGAACCCAAUCAAAACCCAACUGUUCUCCCUUUUCCUCCAUUCUCAAUCGAAACACAAUCCCCAAACCACCACCGUGAAACCCAAACUCAGACCCCAAACCACCGUGAAACACCAUCUUUGUCUCUCUUCAUCGCUGUCUCUCUGCAUCUUCAACGUUUGUCUCAAAUUCCAGCUCAAAAAGUAGCUAUCGCACAAUCGUCGAGUCGCCGUGAAACAGUGUUCCAUCUUCGUCGCCGCGAAAUCGUAAUUUCUAGUUAUGGCCUCUUCUGAAGCACCAACACAACCAUCAGCAGAAGCUUCGACUCAAGAAUCUCAAACUCAAAGGAAUGUUAGGGCAAAAACCGAUAUAGCUUGGGGUCACGCUAAAAUUGUCCUACACGGUGACAAAGAAAAACCACAAUGUAUCUAUUGUAACAAAGUUAUGAAGGGAGGUGGAAUUAAUAGAUUAAAGUUACACUUGGCUGGAGAAACUGGACAAGUCGAAGCAUGCAGCCAAGCUCCUGAAGAAGUCCGCUUUAAGAUGAAACAAAAUCGUGAAGAGACAAGGCUCAAGAAAAGAAAAACUGAACAUGCAAUAGGUAAUGAAGAGCAAACACAAAGAGAACAACCUAGGUCAGUGGUUGUUGCAUCUCAAAAGGGAACGAACAAUGGAAGCUUUGAUAAUUACUUUUUGCCUAGAACAACUCCUGGAUCACAGCCUACUAUAAAAAGUGUUUUGCAAACCAAGGAAGUUGUAGAAAAGUGUAAUCUUGCACUUGCAAAAUGGUUCAUUGCUGCAUCUAUUCCCUUCAAUGCAGCAAAUUCACCAUAUUUUCAGUCUGCGGUCGAUGCUCUUUGUUGCAUGGGAGCCGGAUAUAAAGCUCCUUCUAUACAUGAUUUGCGUGGUCCUUUGCUAAAUAAGUGGGUUGAUGAAACAAAGAAAAAGAUAGAGAAAUACUGUGAGAUUUGGAAGAAUACUAGUUGUACUCUUAUGGCAGAUGGGUGGACUGACGGGGUUAGAAGAACUCUGAUAAACUUUUUACUUUAUUGCCCUAAAGGAACAGUUUUUAUCAAAUCUGUUGAUGCUUCAGGUGCUUCAAAAACUGGUGAGAUGUUGUUUAAGCUUUUCAAGGAAGUAGUGUUAUAUAUUGGCCCUGAAAAUGUUGUUCAGAUAGUGACAGAUAAUGCUGCAAACUAUGUUGCUGCUGGUAGGUUAUUGGAAAAAGAGUUCCAUGGCCUGUAUUGGUCUCCUUGUGCAACUCAUUACAUUAACUUGAUGUUUCAAGACAUUGGAAAAUUACCUGAAGUUAAAGAGGCAGUUUCACAUGCCACAAAUGUUACCAAGUAUAUAUAUAAUCAUUGCUAUCCAUUGUAUUUGAUGAGGAAAUUUACUCAUGGAAGAGAGAUACUUCGUCCUGCUCCAACUCGCUUUGCCACUAAUUUCAUUGCUUUGCAGAGUAUUUUGUCUCAGAAAAAUGCACUUAGAGCCAUGGUAACAUCUCAAGAAUGGACAACUUCUGCUUAUGCAAAAGAAGCCAAGGCCAAACAAUUUGUGGAACAAGUCUUGAACACUAACUUUUGGACUGCUUGUGCUGACAUAGUGAAACCCACAGAACCACUUGUAGGUGUGUUGCGUCUCGUGGACAGUGAAGAUAAACCUGCUAUGGGUUUUCUUUACAGAAAUAUGUAUAAGGCUAGAGAGGAGAUGGUGAAGAGGUUUCAAAGAAAUAAGACAAAAGUGGAGCCUUACUUGAAGAUCAUAGAUGAUCGAUGGGAUUCACAACUUCGAAAAAAUCUUCAUGCUGCUGGUUAUUGGUUAAAUCCAUCUUGUAGAUUCAGUCCUGAGUUUGAGAAACACAAGUCCACCACAUCUGGUCUUAUAGAUGUCAUUGAAAAGUAUGCUCGUAAUAAUCAUGAGUUGCGAGCAAAGUUAAAUACUGAGACAAGUAUAUUUAGAAAUUCUGAGGGCGACUUUGGAAGGAAAUCUGCUGUAGAAGCUCGAAAUUCACCAUUUCCAGAUGAAUGGUGGGAACUUUACGGGUGUCAAGCACCACAUUUGCAAAAAUUGGCAAUUCGGGUUCUAAGUCAAACUUGUAGCUCUUCUGGUUGCGAGAGAAACUGGAGUGUGUUUGAGCAUAUUCACUAAAAAAAA